AUGGAUGGGGCAUCCCAGGAUGCGGGGCACAGGGAUGCAGAGACGGUGGUGCAGGGGCUGGCAGAGGCUCUGAGAGAGAACACGGCUCGCUUGGGCACUGAUGUGCAUCCUGACUUAGGCAUGCAGUGGCUUGAGUAUGGUGAUGCUCUGCUGAGCCUGGUGGAAACAGGUGUUUCUGGCAACGUUGGCGGGGAGGAGAUGGAUGUUGUCAGCGAGGAUCCUCAGCGGGCUGGCGCGGUGAUCCCGGAGAGCCAGACAACCCAACAAAACGACGACACUCAGGAGUGCUCGCAGUUCGCCGAGCUCGAGGAGGAUCUUGAACUUGCGUGGGAGUCCCUGGAGACUGCCAGGCGUUGCUUGGAGAUGAAGGCGGACGACGCAGCCAGCUCUUCGCUUGUUCAAUGUCAUCUCCGCUUGGCCGACCUCCUGAACCUGCAGGGGCUCAAAGAAAGCGCCAUCGAAGAGUGUCGCAAAGCGGAAAAGUACAGCAAGACGCAGGAAGAGAAGGGAUUGUCAUCCUUACACUUGUUGCGGCUGCAAGAACAGCUUUCUGGCUUGACGCCAGAGGCGACGGUCGAUGUUGGCGAAGGUCUUGCGAUCCAGAACUCUUUUGCUGCCAGAGAGCAAGCCGUCGAAACUCCAAUGGAGGUGCCCGUUCGGAAAAGGCCACGCGUCCAGAGCCUCGAUCGCUGCAGUUCGGGGCAGAAGCCUGAAGACACGACUGAAUCCGCAGAGGCUUGA